AUGUCAGCGAAGUACGAGCAGUUAGACUCGAGUUCCGACGAGGGAUACAUUCCACCUGAGGAUCUCUUGAUCCUGAUAUCUAGUCUCAAGGCUAGCCAGAGAAAGCAGUCUCGACUGCUGAUAUUCCAAUGGGUUCUUCUAACUCUGAUAUUCCUAACAGCUCUGGGGUUGUUAGUCGCAGCCGGUGUAUUUGUUCACGAUAUUCACCAAUGUCCUCUCCCCUCAGAGAGAGAAUGUCGGGUCCCAGGAGAGAUAUACUCCCCCGCUCAAGACGUCGUCCGAUAUCACAACGUCACCUUCACACGUAGUCUCGAACCUGACUUGACCAAAUACCAAGGACCUCCCAGCGACGAGAACUACGCGGCCUGGGAGGACUUAUACGACUUCUCCCUCAGCAAAAUCCCCCUCUCAUCCGCCGCGCAGCUCGUCGACAAAACCGUCCCGAUCCCCGACUCCCCGGGCGACUAUGCUAUCGCGCUAGAUGUCUUCCACCAACUCCACUGCCUAAACAUGAUCCGCCUCAAGCUCUGGGCCGGCGAAUCCCCCGCGUACAUCAACCACACGCUCGACGCCGAGAUGACCGAGAUGAACCACAUCGACCACUGUCUCGACUCGGUGCGCCAAAGCGUGAUGUGUCACUCGGACAUCGCGCCCAUAACGUGGACGUGGGACGACAGCUCGGGGUCCGCCAAGGGCGUUCUGACGAAUCAUCAUACGUGUCGCGAUUUCGAGGCGAUUCGGACGUGGGCGAUGGAGCAUCAUGCGGAGGCGUUUGAUAAGAGUGUUCGGGUGGAGGAUCCGUUGGAUAACUACCUAGGGAGUUAG